CAAAGACGCGCGCACACGCUGCGCUCACGGCGGAGCUCGCCGCCGCGCGCGAGGAGCAGAUCUCGCUGCAGGAGCAGCUCAACGACGUCGCAGCUGAGAAGGAGCAGCUCAGCGCUGCCUCUGCCAAGCUCAACGAGGACCUCGCCGACGCACUCACUCGGCUGGACGGCGCCAUCGAGGCGGAGUCGGCUGCUUCUCUCAAGGUCAUCGAGCUGCAAGAGCGCCUCGACGCACUCGCCGAGGAGCAUGCGGCCAGUCGUGCAGCCGCUGCGCUUCUGCAGGAGCAGCUUGAGGCGGCGCAGCUCGAUGCGAAGACGCAAGCAGCAGAGGUUGUCGCCCUCACGGAGCAGCUCGCAAGCCUCCGCGAGAACGCCGCGGCCUCAGAACUGCAGUUCUCGAGCUUGGAGCAGCGGGUGCUCAAGGCCGAGAGCAAUCUUGCUGCUGCCGGCGGCGACGAGGAGGCACACAAUGCCGCGCUCGACUCGCUGCGUGCCGAGCUUGCAACAGCAGCCCAGGCAGCGCAGGACCUCCACGCCGGCGCUGUUGCAGUUCUCGAGGAGCGCCUCGCCGCAGCUACUCAGGCCGCUGCUGACAGCGCUGAGCAGCUGUCUGCGCUGCAAGCAGAGGCGGAGCAGGUGCAGUCUCUGCGCGAGGAGGUUCAGCAGCUCAGCCUGCGCCUUAGCGAAACGGUUGCCGAGCGCGACGCUGCGAUCGCUGCCUCCAACAACGUCUCAACGUCCGCAUCCGCGGCCGAGGACGCCUGGCGCGCUGAGCGUGCGACCUUGUCCGCCAGCCUGCAGGAUGCCGAGGAGCACGACACUAAGCUCUUGACGCACAUGAAGGAGCUCAAGAAGCUCAGCCUGCGCAACAAGAGCCUGCAGGCCAAGCUCGAGGCCGCUCAAGCGAGCGCCGCCGCGUCGCCUGCGUCCGCUGAGGCAUCUUCGAGCGCCGCUCCUGCGACGUCGACAUCUCGCGUCACGGCGUCUGCCAGCGCCACG